CUACUUUCCAUGGUGCAAAGAUUUGAAAACGUUUGAAACGGUAAUUAUUUUCCUUUAAAACUGAUAAUGUUAUUUUAACACAGAUGUCAACAAUAUUUCACAAAAAAAAUUGAGAGAAAUUGAAUGAAAAGCAGGAAUGCCCAGACAAAAGCGUGGCAUACUUGGUGUUAAAAAAGAUCCAAAGAAACAGAUUUUGUAUUUUGGUAAUAACAGAGAAGAAUGGCCUUCUGAUGAUUCAGAGGAUUCGGAUUAUCUCCCUUCUGACUUAGAAGAUGAUCAGCCUGCCUCUUCGAAGAGAAAAAAGAAGCAAGAUAAAGGAAAAACAAAAAAACAAGUUAUAAAAGAAGACGGUGCAAAAAGUAACAGUUUAGAUAUUUGUGUGGAUUUACCUCCCCUGCCUACAGAAAUUUGGUUGAAAAUUUUCCAGGAUGUUGUAUCAGUAGCAGGUCCACUGCCAUUUCUAUGCAGGGCACAGAAAGUAUGCUCAAGCUGGAAAGAAAUAGCCAAGGAUCCCUCCUUAUGGAGAAAAGUAGACCUGACCUUUGGAUGGAUUAAACAAAAGGAAGAAACUCUUAGAUGGUUAACUGAAAACAGACUCUCACAGUGUCAGGAGAUUAAUUUAUCAAACUGGACAUUAUCAAGUGCAUUGUCUCUCAUUGCUGAGAGAUGUCCUCAUCUGCAAACUGUAAAUCUUUCCCAUUGUAAGAAGUUAACACCUGAUGGAGUUACUUCCCUUGCUAACAAUUGUAAAGAACUCAGGGAUAUAGAUUUUUCUGAUACAAGUAUAACAUCAACGUCCUUGAAAGAAUUGAUACUGAAGAGGUUCAGUGAAUUAAAGAGAAUUGAUGUCAGCUGCAAUAAAAAACUUACUGGUUUUACAAUGGUGUUGGAUACAAUUAUGAAAUGUCCCAAAUUGACAGUGUUAGACAUAUCAACUCUUGAGAAUGUACCAACAUAUGUGACCAUUGAUAUAGAGGAGUUUCAAAAAUCCUGUCCUAAGCUGAAGGUCCUUAGAAUGGGGAACAACAGAUACAAAGGCACUCCAAAAACAGAUGAGGAAGUGGAAAAAUCUGCAGGUUUCCCAGAAUUGGAGGAAUUAAGCAUUCCAGAUUUGAGUGGUAGACAUAAUAUGCAUAACACAAUUGUGUAUGAUGUUUUAAAUAGAAUAUUACACAAGUCUUUUAAGCUGAAGGUCUUAGAUAUCAGAGGACGAUGUAAUGAGUCAUAUGCUGUCCUAGAAACUAUACCUGCGUCAGAUUUAGAAAGCUUGCAUGUUGGUCUAUCUUCCAUGUCUUAUGAUGAUCCAUAUAUGGACCUCUUUCUAAAAUGGAGACAUAGUCUAAAGACAAUAGAUUUGUCUUGGGUUCAGAAUGUAGAACUAGCCAUUCAGGAACUUACCAGUGGGCCAUCAUUACCUCUAGAAAAAAUUCAACUAACAGGAUCUAAUAUUGAAUACAAAGAUCUCAGGAAUCUGCUGAAAAAAUGUCCAAAAUUAAACUACGUUCAACUGGAAUCUUGUCGCAAUUUGGUUAGAGGUAUUAAAAGGUUGUAUAAAGAUGAGGACAUCAAUGUGCUCAAGGAGAAAAUGAAAAAUCUGGGAAAUAUCUAACAAAUUUAUGUUAUAUCGAUAUUGACCAUACAGGCAGCUACAAAUAUCAGGACUACUUAUAGUAUAUUUUUUUAAUUUUUAUACAAAUAUUUG